AACAACUUGCCUCUAGUGCUACCGAUCCCUCACCGAGUGCCCGACUCUAGCAGCCAUGCACAAGUUUGUUAUCCUCCUUGCCUUCAUCUGCGUCGCCGCCGCGCAGAGGGGUGGCUUCAACCCGGCGCAGGAGAACUACCCGCCCAUCCCGUACUCCUUCAACUAUGCGAGCCAGGACGCCGAAGGCUCGCACACGCGUGAAGAGAACGGCGACGGCGCCGGCCGCGUCACGGGCCGCUACACCAUGACGCUGGCCGACGGCCGCACCCGUACCGUCAGCUACACGGCCGACGAGAACGGCUACCGCGCCGAGAUCGUCACCAACGAGCUGGGCACCGAGUCCAAGAACCCCGCCGACGUCAUCAUCCAGUCCAGCGCGCCGACCGGAGUCGAGGCCGCGCUCGCCGCCGAGGGCAGCCGCCCGCGCGCUCCCGCCGGGCCCAGGGCGGGCUGAGCUGCCCCCUUGAAGCAGGCUUCGCCUCGGAACACCUCCGCUUCCUGCGUGUGAUUCCGCGUUACGGCUACGGAAAGACCCGCGCCAGGCGAGCGUGCUAGGCGCGUUCCGGGCGCUCUGCCGGGCGUUGUAAAUUUUUCUUCCUUCUUCUCGGUCGCCCUCUCUCUCUCUCCUUCUAUCCUCCCGCGCUGUCCCGUCCGUUGUUCGUGUGUGUCACCUCGACGCCUUUCCUGUAGGGUGCCCCGUGUUGAUCGUGCUGUCGGGUUGGGUACGCUGUGUUGUUCUUUGUCCGCGUCGCUUUUACCGCCGCACUGCGAGUGAGAAAACCCCUUUUCUUGAACGCACCGUAUGCAUCGCUCUGGGUUUAAACUGACACUUCCUUCCUAGCGACGCUCAAGGACUUUCUAAUGCGGUGUGGGCGCCUUGCUUGCCUUGCUAUGGAAGCGGGUCGCCUGCAGUCGCUUGUCUAAGUUGUCACGUCACCCGAGGGUGCGCUACUGUUGUCAAGCGGGGUUCGCGAUUGGCAGCCUCCCUUCGCAGUCGCUCACAUACCUUCCGAUCACUUAUCCUUGCCCCCCUUCAUUAGCACGUGCCAAGGUGCGCCAUAUCACGCAUGCGCUCUGUGUCGCUCAUACGAGUGUUUGUCCCUCACGUCUCGUUUCACCACCUCAUUGCGGCCCGCACGAGGCCGCCGUCCUAUUCCUGUGUCUUUCACUGCAAUGGAUAAAAAAAAUAGUCUCAUGUCUCGAAUUGGGUUGCCUCUUUUGUUGUACAUGUUGAGCACAAUAAAGAGUGGUACUCAUGUUCCA